GGCCCGGAGCGCCGGGAAAGGACAGCUCAUGUCCCUGCCCAGCCCUGCGUGGCCCCAGCGGGACCAGCCCUCCCCGUGUGGCACCGGCACCGCUCUGCCCCCGGCCUCGUCUGACAGCGACUCGGGCUGUGCCCUGGAAGAGUAUCCAGAACCUCCCGCGGACCCCGAGGUCCCGCCGUGUUUCGGGUCUGGCUCGCCUCAGCCUGGCUCUGCCCCUGACAGGACCCGGCUCCGCGCCAGAGCCCUGCUGCAGCAGCUGCCUCCUCAGGACUGCGAUGAGCGGUACUGCCCCGAGCUCGCCGAGGAGGAGCGGCGGCAGCUCCGAGCCUUCAGCGCCCGCCGCAGGCAGGAGGCUCUGGGACAGGGCCUGGCCUGUCCCGUGCCAGGUCCCUGCCACGGCUGUCCCUGCAGGAAGUGCGGCCGGAGGCUGAACAAAGGGGACCCGGGGAUUUCAGCGUCUCGCCUGGGGGACCAGUUCUGGCACCCGUCCUGCUUCUCCUGCCACUUGUGCCAGCAGCAGCUGGUGGAUCUCAUCUACUUCCAGCAGGAUGGGAGGAUCUACUGCGGCCGGCACCACGCCGAGCUCUUCCGACCCCGCUGCGCCUCCUGCGACCAGCUGAUCUUCAUGGAGGAGUGCAUCGAGGCCGAGGGGCGGCGCUGGCACCUGGAGCACUUCUGCUGCCUGGAGUGCGAGGAGCCGCUGCGGGGGCAGCGCUACGUGAUGCGGAGCGGCCGGCCCUGCUGCCGCCGCUGCUUCGAGAGCCUCUUCGCCGAGCCCUGCCAGGCCUGCGGGGACCCCAUCGGCGCUGACAGCGAGCAGGUCACACUCCAGGGGCUGCACUGGCACGCCCGAGCCUCCUGCUUGUGCUGCAGCCGCCGCCGCCGGGACGCCCGAGCCUCCUGCUUGUGCUGCAGCCGCUGCCGCCGGGCGCUGCGGGACCAGCCGCUCACCUGCCGCCGCGGCCGCCUCUUCUGCUCCGACACCUGCGGCCAGGACGCCGCUUCCUCCACCUCCUCCGACUCCUCCGACUCGGCUUUUGCCUCUGCUCCAUCCCCCGACUCCACGCCGCUGUCCCCAGCCAGCAGGGGCUCGGGGACAGGGGGCUGCAGGCAGCGCGGGGAAGGGGCUGAGGCGUUUUUGGAGCAGCCCUCAGUGCACCCUGCCUUCAGGAGCCCCGAGGAUCUCGGAGCAGCCGCGCGGGAGAGGAGCAGCGACGCUGCCAAGGAGCACCCAGGGGUGCUGGGACCCCCAGCCUCAGCCCCCCAGCCCAGCCCAGAGCACCCCAACCAGCCUGGAGCCUCGGGCCACCCGCUUUUGGGGGGUCCUGACCCCCGAACAGGCAAUGGAAACCCACAGCUGGGCACGUGCCCUCCCGGACACAGCCCCCGGGCAGAGGAUGGCACGGAGGAGGACGACUCCUGGUGUCCCACCUGCUCCUCAUCUUCGGACUCGGACUCGGAGGAGGAGGGUUUCUUUUUUGGGAAGCCCAUCCCCAAGCCUGGGAUGAAUUCCCUGGGCAGGGAGCCCCAAGGGAGGGGCAGGGGCAGGACGGCCAAGCACUGCAGUGUGUCCUAACAGCGGGGCUGAGUGGCACUGCCAGGUCCUGCCAGGUCCUGCCAGGGCUUCAACACGUUCCAAGUGCGUCCUGGACGCGGCCCAAGGCGGGUGGGAGAAGCUGCUGGGAUCCCUCCCCCCCGGCAGAGCAGAGCCUGCAGUUCCUGCAGCUUCUGCUGCAAUUAGGAACAGGUAAAGCAGGAAGGGAGCCUGGGCCUCCAGCGCCUCCAACAAGGCAGGGAGCAGCCAGAGCUCCAGACAAGGGCAGCUGCCUGCAUCACCCCUCUGGGACCCUUCCCUGGGCUCCUCUGUGCCCCUCUGCCACCUGCUCUCCAUCCCUGGUGGCACCGUGUCCUGCUGCCACCAC